AUAAGGGCGGCGGCCAUGUUGGAUUCCCAUGCACGCUGAGUUUAACCACUAACAGCAGCAAGCAGUUGUAGACAUUUUAAAUUCCUCAUAAAGGCUGCAGCAAAGUGCCAUCCAGCACCGCCGUGGUCUAGCCUGCCAGACUGGCUCAAAAAGUCUGCGGGAGUUAACCAAUUCAUGCAAGUUGGAAGCAAAUUCUCGACAAAAUAGUCAGAUUUCCAGAAGGAAUAUGUCGAGAGAAGGGGGAAACCUCGGCCAGAACUACAAGCUGGUGGUCGUCGGUGGCGGAGGCGUCGGAAAAAGUGCCCUUACCAUUCAGUUCAUCCAGUCGUACUUUGUGACAGACUAUGACCCGACGAUAGAAGACUCCUACACAAAGCAGUGUGUUAUAGAUGAUGAGGUGGCCAGAUUAGACAUUCUGGACACAGCAGGUCAAGAGGAAUUCAGUGCCAUGAGGGAACAGUACAUGAGGACAGGAGAAGGGUUUGUGCUGGUCUUCUCUGUAACAGAUAGAGGAAGUUUCGAUGAAGUGUACAAGUUUCACCGUCAGAUCCUGAGGGUGAAAGACAGAGACGAGUUCCCCAUGUUACUGGUGGGCAACAAGGCAGACCUGGAUCCAAAGAGAGUGGUUUCUCAAGAGGAAGGUCAGGAGCUGGCCAGGCAGCUGAGGGUGGGAUAUCUGGAGGCCAGCGCCAAAACCCGCUUGAACGUAGACCAAGCAUUCCACGAACUUGUUAGAAUAGUCAGGAAAUUCCGAGCAGAGGAGUGUCCGCCAGUAGAUGAAACCAAGCAAAAGAAGAAAAGGAAAUGUACCAUCUUGUGAGACGCAGUGAACGGGCAACCCGCCGCGUUCACAACCUACAAGUACAUAGUGUAUCAAUAAAAGAAAAAAAUCUGACUUUUUUUAAAUAUGCAGAUAUUAUGACGCUAACAUCAGGAAGAAGACUUUUAACUAAUCGUAAGAGAAUAGCUAGGGACAGUAGACAGUUAUAGCCAUUUUAAUGAAUAUCUUUUAGAUUUUUAAAAAGUUAUUAGAAAGCAAAGCAGCCUCUUAAUUACCUAAACUAUGUUGCCAUUCAAAUUUGUCUGGCAAAAAACUAGUGUAAACCUACGCAAUGGUUUAACGUCUAAUUUGUAAAGUUCUAUGUACAUGUAUUAUGUUUCUGUUUAGGUAUGCAUGUAGCUUUCAGAUUAAUAAGUACUCUCAAGUCCUCAACUUUUGCAUUCAAAAGUUUUUUGAUCACCAUACACACAUGACUGAUUUUACGUGUUUACCCCAAUAUGACAAUAUCUUUUACACAAAGGUUUUGCUCAUUGCUACUCAAUAUUGGGAUGGAAAAAUCAGUUUAUAUACAUUAUCAGUUGGCAUGUACAUACCGUAAAUGAUGAAACUUUUCUGCUGGUUUUAUUUUGGUUAAAUUUUUCUCGUUAAAUUCGUUGCACUGCAUUUUCAGGGCAUUUCAACUACUCGGCACAACAGAAUUGUUUCUACAGCAAAUUGUAAAAAAAAACUUCCUUUAAUAUCCCACUGCAAAAUAAAACCACAGCGAAAGUAAACAAAUUUACAGAAGGUUGGGAACAAUCUCACUUUUAACUAAGGCCUUCAAAUUCUACAGUGUUUCAUGAUGUUGAAAUGUGAUUGAAGGUUACACACAAAACAAGGGCCAGCAACUCAUUUUAACAAACAGAGUAAGGGUCCUACACACUAGUAAUGUUUCGGGCUAGUUUAAACAGUCCUACUUCUAAAGUCCUGUAGGCAUCUGUGUGAAAGCCAAAUAUCUCUACCUUAUGAAAGUAAAAAUAUGCAGAUUUGAGAGAAGGUUGUCCUUUCAAAUCAUGUGAAAAUUUGACAUUUUCAUACCAUUUUAUUGCAAUGUUGGUAUAAUAUCAUUAUAGCAAGUUUGUAGAUGUUUUCAGACUCAGUGAAACUGUGAUUUUUUUAGAGGAUGAAAGCAGUUGUAAAAGAAUGAGACUGUAUUUUGGCUUAUUUCCAACAAACAAGAUGCAAGCAAAACAUUGUUUCUACCAGUUGUGUACACUUAGAGGUAGAUUUUGCUGUUUUUGGAAAAUUUUGUUCAUGGCAAGUUAUUCUCAGCCUUACACCCAUGCGCAAAGAUUGUAAUACUUGAGAUUCUGCAAAAUGGUAUGAAAAAAAUUCUGCCAAAAGUGUCAACACUAAAUGUGCAAAAGCUGGUACUAUAUACUGUACAUGUAUUUUGGAAUCAUUUUUUGUCAGAAUAGCCAAUAGUCUUAGUCAUGUUUUCUUUUCUUGGUGACCAGCAGUUAAUGUUGUGUGAUAUUGCAGUGGCACUCAGAUAUGCACUCAACACAAUAGGCUAGUUCAGAGUUAGAAACGUCCAUGCACAGUGUGGUGUAAGUGUUGAAGGCCCCUGGCUAGGGCCGUGGCUUACAACAUAUUACCCAUGGUGCAGCAUUCUGUGCAUGUGCACUUCCAGCAGUGUCCUGGCUUAUUCCAUAAGUAAGAAAAGAAAGAACAUUUAGUGAUUUGUGUUUUCUUCAUUAUGUGAUGUUGGAGCAAGCUAGAAGCUUUCAGACGUGGCUUACUUCCCUUGUGUUAAGAAAUCACUGUGUGCACUAUAAUGGGUAUGUGGAAAUUGUUCAUUCUGACAACUUGAGGUCUGUUUCGACCUGUAUUUUCAAAGUGUGCCACUCAAUUCAGACAAAAUAUCACCUUUGUAUUAUGUAAAUCAAUGAUAAUUUUACAGUGUUUUGGUUGUAAUAUGCAAGACCCGAACAGCAAACUUGUUACAAAGUAUAUGUUGUAUGUAUAGAUGCAUAGACGUCUUUACCAACUACUUGAUCCAUUUAUGCCCACAGCUUUCAAUUAAGAUAGGAUGUGUUCAAGCCAUGUAUAGAGGAAAAAGCAUGUAACGUGUGUCAAUAUGUUAUUGAAUGCUACAACAGACCAACAACUGCCAUAAUUAUUAAAAAUUUAAUCUUGCCGUAAUCUGGUAUAAGAUACUUGAUUUAAAAUCACGACUGUAUACUUAUGAUUGGUGGAAACCCUGCGUAAAUGCCCCAGCUGCAAUAUAGCUACUGUUGUGUGGCCAGAGUUUUGGCAACUCUUGAGCAUUUUACGUGGAGCAUUUUACAGAAAGAUAAUAUUGUCUCUGACUUUUAGGACAUUCACUGCAACUACAAUACAAUAAGCUAGUUCAUUCUUUAGAAUACACAUGUGAUUGUAAUGCAUUGUGGGAAGUUUUUCAGAGUCCCAGGCAGUUCCGUAUGUAUUGCCUUUAACAUUAGUUACCCACAAUUCACCACACUGCACAUGCCCAUUUCAAACUAUGAACCAGCUUAUUAAAUGAGUUGACACAAUGUGCUCUACAGACUACUUGUAGUGAACAACUGGAAAUUUUCUUUGUACAAACCGUUUCCUAUUGCCAUAAAGAUAUAAUUUGUUUAUCUAGCCCAUGUUCUAACCCAAUCAUGUUGAUUUUAGAUAUCAGCUCCCAUUCUGUUUAUUUAAUAAUGAACUGAUGACACACAUACUGUACUUACUGAAGUUUGUAGAGUUUGUAUGUUCAAAGAUGAUUGCAACAUAGUGCUUGUAUUUUUAUGAUGGCUGAUUAUGCUUUGCCUAAGAAGACUUUUGAAAGAGAAGAAGUAGAAUGUAUUGCAAGAAUCCAAUUGAGCCAUUUCCAUCAACAGGUAGAAAUGUAAAGCUAUUUGAUGGACAUACAGCCACUCUCUCAUUGGUCAAAUCUCUAAUUGCUAUGUUGUGAUUGGUUGAACUGUGUAAUCCUGAUAGGAAGUUGAUAUCCAGAACUUCCCAGUAUAUAUCUCCAAGCAGAUGCAAGGAUGGAAAGUCUGAACAUUUUCUGCCCGGGCAACUUACUGGCAAUCCACCACUCCAAACAUUUUCCACCUUAACAUCUGCUUGGAGAUUUUGCAUGUAUUAAAAAUCAUUGUUUUUAUGUUAUGUCUAGCAAUGCUAUGUCCUACAUACAUUGCUAUUUUCUCUUGUAAAUUCUUGCAAGGCAACUACUACAAUGUUCCCUGAAAAAGUAGCAUAUGUUGCAGUUGUAUCUUUGAACGUAAUCAAACUGAUUUUUUAUAUUUUUUCAGUUGUAAUAGGUAUUGGCUGCACACUAGAUAUCACUGUACUUUUGUUUUCACAAACCUAUCUUCACAGACCCAUUUUCUUUGUAGUAACUGUUUUGAAGAAGUGGUUUAUUGUAGUUUGUUUUGUAGGCUGGGUCACUCGAGUUUAAACCGCUAAGUUGAAGACCUUUGAGAAAUGAAAAGAAGUCUGGACAUGUAUCAAGCAUGGUCUGGACAAAAACUGUUUACAAGGUCUUCACCUUUGACCCUUCACCUUUGCACUGGUUUAUCAGCUAUCCUAACUUCUAGUAACACCAUUCAAUGUAAUGUUUUGUUUUGUUUUAUCGAUGGAACUUAAAGAGACCCCUUGUUAAAUUAUGAGUAGCAAAUUUGAUUUAACUAUCGGGGUAUCCAACAAUUAACAUGCCUAGCAGUGAUAAUUAAGUUUGGUCAUAGGAGGACCAAAAAGUUGCGGUAGCACCCUUGUCUCAGAGCAAUUUUUGUACAGCUGUGGCCGUUUGUUAAAGCAGUAAGUGCCACACUAUGCAAUGAUGACCCAGAACUGAAGCCUUGUACAGUGAACUAACCCUAGAGAGUAAUGGUCAAGCUUGGCUUCGUAAAAUUGUAACUUUGCAGUAAGAAUAAAGAGACUCUUACUUUUUGUA